AACAGUCGUCAAAGCACAACGAGACCAUAGGCGACAACGACGCCAUAAUUAGAUUCAACAACAAUGACAAUUUAUAACUUGUAUAUUUUUGACAGAAUUGGAACGUGUUUAUACUAUGGGGAAUGGAACAGAAAGAAACAAUCGGGCAUGCCUAGAGAUGAGGAGUUCAAGCUGAUGUAUGGGAUGCUGUUUUCCAUCAAGUCUUUUGUCACCAGAAUCAGUCCAACAGAUGUUAAAGAUGGGUUUUUAAACUUCAAGACCAGUAAAUUUAGGCUUCAUCUCUACGAGACAGCUAGUGGUUUGAAGUUUGUCCUCAAUACUGAUUUGUCAGUAGGAAGUGUCAAAGAUGUACUACAUGAAAUCUACAGAACUAUCUAUGUUGAGUACGUUGUAAAAAAUCCAGAGUGUGAUUUAACAAGGACUAUUGAUGCCGAGCUGUUUAAACAGAAACUGGAGGACUACGUGAGAGCUCUUCCAAUAUUUGCCAGCAGGACAGAUGGCAUCAUCUGAAUGGCUGCCUGCCCUUCAAAGAUGUUAUAGAAGAUAAACAUUCAUUUUAGCAAGAAGCAAGUUAAUGUUUGUUAACUCAAAAUUCAUUGUGCGGUGUAAAAAAGAUUUAGAGUAAAGUGUAUUUCAAUUAUGGUUAAGGUACAUUACAUAUAUGGGAGGUUUUGACCCCAGAUUUUAUAAGUGCGAAUUGUUAACUCAAAAUUCAUUGUGUCGUGAUAAUAAGAUUUAACUUAGAGUUUAAUCAAGUGUAUGCCCUUUAUGUUAAUGGAACAUUUAGUUUUGGGGAGAUUUGACCCCAGACUUUAUGAGUGGUAAUUGUUGACUCAAAAUUCAUUGUGUCGUGAUAAUAAGAAUUACAUUAGGGUUAAAUUACGCGCAUCUCAAUUUGGAUACUAUUGAAUAUAUAGAGGGUUUUGACCCCAUAUGUCAUUAGCGGUAUAUUUUAUAUUGAACACAAUUUUGUUAUGUUGUUUUGUGUCUUUGAUGUGUGGUCGCGUCAUCUAUGGUAUAUGGCUUUCAAGUGUUGACCAUGUCCAGGUAUCGUCUAGCUAUCAUAUUAAGGGCGUUAUUUAGUCAUGCAUGAGCGGACUUAAGCAUAACCCUGAUCUGUAAAGCGAAUAAACUUAAACGUCACACUUAUACACCAAAUGUCACAUAUAGAAAGUUCAGUCGUGAGUCGUGCCCGUGAUUUUGUCUAGUUAUUCUUAGCGGGUCACAAAAUGACAUCUCCCGCAAAGAAAAGUCGCAGCGAGUAAAGUCGAGAUAAAUAGCAAAUAUUAAUACGAAACAAACGCUAACCACUUUCUUGCUGAUAUGGUUGAAAAGUGAGCGGCAUUUAAAGAAUUAAUACAAGUAAUAAAGGGUAUAAAAAUCGGCAUAAAAUACCUGUCUCGGCAUGGACGUCGCCAUCUUGUUUGUUACGUGAUUCCCCCCCUCUGAAUUUAUCUUUGGUGAAAAAAGGCUGUGUUCAUAACCGUCACAUUGCUAUUUAUAUGUAUAACAAGUUCAUUGAUUAUAUCUAGUGUACCUUAAGGCAAAAUGAAUGAUUUUGCGUUAUGUUUUUUUGUUACAUAGAAAAUUGACUUACAAUAUUUUCUGAGACAACAAAACCAAUAGGUGUAAUAUUUGGCAUGAAACAUUAUGUAAUGGUCCGCUACUAAAUUUGUUCAAAAUCAUGGGGCUGAAGUUGGCCCCGCAGGGAUGUGGGGUGAAAUGUAAAGUAUAGAAUUAUAUGGAAUACAUUAAAAACGCGAAUAAGUGUGAACUUUAAGACACGAAGCAUUGAUAUUUGGUAUGUGAUAUCCUUUACACACUUGGAUAUCCUGGUAAAACAAGAGACGUAUCUAUGUCUCUGGUAAAACAUUUGCAUCAUACAACGAUGUUUUAAAGACGUAUGUGAUCGCACCCAGAUUCGAAAACGGUAUAAAUAUUUCAAAGUAAACAUUAAGGCAAAUUUUCAUUCUGAUCGGAUAAAAAAAACACGUAGCAUUUAGAGUGUUAACUGCGCACGACGUCGGACGCCGGUCAUUACUUUGUGUUAUGUUGCUACGAAUGUGUGUUAUUUUACCCUCAGAGUACACAUUGGCAUGGUAUCUGUAAAUGGAUGUGGGAAAUGAUGUACUGUAUAAAUGUCUUGAAUAUAA